AGACACUUUUUUAGCAUAACUCUGUUGUGAUUAAACGUUCCAAUGGUCAUGUCAGUAGAAGAAUCUCCAGUAAACCAAGGGCAACCCCAUCUUUCCAAACAAGAUUUAUCUAAACUAGAUAUUUCAUCACUUACACCUCUUACACCUGAGGUUAUUAGUAGACAAGCUACUAUUAAUAUUGGAACAAUUGGACAUGUAGCUCACGGUAAAUCUACUGUUGUAAAAGCCAUAUCUGGUGUGCACACAGUUCGAUUUAAAAACGAAUUGGAAAGGAACAUCACAAUUAAGCUAGGCUAUGCUAAUGCUAAAAUUUAUAAGGCAGAAGGCCCACGACCAGAAUGCUACUGUGCAUGUAGUAGCAAUAAAGAAGAUGAGUUUCCAGCUGAGUUUAAAGGUGCACAGGGGCCAUUUAAGUUGAUUCGUCACGUUUCUUUUGUUGAUUGUCCCGGUCACGAUAUUCUUAUGGCAACAAUGUUGAACGGAGCUGCUGUGAUGGACGCCGCACUUUUGCUUAUUGCUGGAAAUGAACCAUGUCCACAACCACAGACAUCUGAGCAUUUGGCUGCCAUUGAAAUCAUGAAACUAAAGCAUAUCAUUAUCCUGCAAAACAAGAUUGAUCUGGUUACCCAGAUACAAGCAAAGGAACAACACCAACAAAUUAUGAAGUUUGUUCAGGGAACAGUUGCUGAAGGUGCACCCAUCAUUCCAAUAUCUGCUCAGCUCAAAUACAACAUAGAAGUUGUGUGUGAAUAUAUUUGCAAAAAAAUCCCAAUUCCGCUCAGAGAUUUUACCUCCAAGCCACGACUUAUUGUAAUUCGUUCCUUUGACGUCAACAAACCAGGGUGCGAGGUGGAUGAGUUAAAAGGUGGUGUAGCUGGUGGUAGUAUAUUAAAAGGUGUCCUUCAAAUUGGGCAGGAGAUUGAAAUUCGACCUGGAAUAGUAGCCAAGGAUUCAGAAGGAAAGCUUCAAGUGCGUCCAAUUUUGUCUAGAGUUGUUUCGCUCUUUGCAGAGCAUAAUGACCUCCAGUAUGCCGUUCCUGGUGGUCUUAUCGGAGCUGGUACCAAGAUUGAUCCAACUUUAUGUAGAGCUGAUCGUAUGGUGGGCCAUGUGUUGGGUGAAGUUGGGUCACUACCCGAUAUUUUUACAGAAAUUGAAAUCUCAUACUUCUUGCUGAGGAGGUUGCUUGGAGUGAAGACUGAAGGAGACAAGAAAGGAGCCAAAGUCCAGAAACUUUCAAAGAACGAAGUUUUAAUGGUCAAUAUUGGUUCACUGUCCACCGGUGGACGUGUGCAAGCUAUCAAAGCUGAUUUGGCUAAGAUCAUGUUGACAAACCCAGUGUGUACAGAGGUUGGGGAGAAGAUUGCUCUAAGCAGAAGAGUGGAGAAGCAUUGGAGAUUAAUUGGUUGGGGUCAGAUCAGAAGAGGAAUUGUCAUUCGUCCUAUAUUAUCAACUAAAUCACGUGGUUAAUAAAUUAAGACUUGUUUCAUUUUAAAAUAUGAUUUGUUCAUGGAGUUUAACAAUGCCCGGGUACAUCUAAGUUAUGUAAAUUGACUUGUGGUAUUAUUACCCUCCUAAAAUGUUCAAUGUGUGCCGGAAUUACUAUUGUGUUGCAUUUUGGUGCAAGAAUUAUGAUGGUUGUGGAGCAUUAAUAUAUGAAAAUACAAGAAAACUAUGUAAGGUUUCAACGUACCAGUACCUGUUUGGGAGUUAUUGCAGUUUUUAAAUCAGUUGAAACAUGGUUGUAUUUCACUUACCAUCACUAAAUUUAAGCCACCCCAGAAAUAUCAUAUGGUCUGGAUAUGGAUGUAUGUAUCCUAUACACUAAAAUAAGUUAAGUUGUAUAAACUUUUACGUGACAUACAAAUGUUUAUGAUUGUGUAUUUUGGAUUAUUACAUUUUGCGUUGUGUUUGCUGUAGGUAAGAAUUACUGCAGUAAAAAGUCUAUGUGCGUUAAACAUUGGUAAGGUAAUAUAAAAUGUAACAUUUACAUAACUUGUUUUCCCGGUAG